CUGGCCAAGAAAAUCAUUGUUGUUGACACGGAAAGUAAUAUCAUUAUUGGAAAAUGCCUUCAUUCAUCAACGCCCUCGUCGCUGCUGCCCUGACGGCUUCCACUGCCCUCGCGGCCGCUCCCGAUGUGACUUGCAAGCCAUUCAAGCCCGAAGGUUGGAAAGCGAGCAACCGCGCCCGCAUUUACUGGUAUAAUAACAACCCAGGCAACGAAUUCCCCUACAACGGCCCCGGUUUCGAAGCCGCCACCCUGCCCGCCAACGCAACCAUCAGCGGCAGCAAAACCUUCAUUCUCGCGAGCAGCGGCAAGAAUGGCACCAUCGACCAUUCCAGGCCCGGCACGGCCUUCAAGCUCUACACCUGUAACUCCACCUCCCUGAGCCUGAGUACGCAAACCAGCCAGUCCUGCAGCCACGGGGGCUGCUACAAGCAAUACAACAACUACCUGCAAGUGCGCAACCCGGCAACCGGGAACUGCCUGACGAUCACCCAGACGACCGCGAAUGUGCAAUCGGGGAUCAAAUUCCAGGCAUGUGCCUUCGACGCGGGCGUCCAGGGACAGUUCUUCGAGACGACGCAGCAGGUUCAGUAUUCGCCGGGCUAUGAGUCGCUCCGGAGUUACGGGCCCAGCACGUUCGAUGUCCCGCUGGAUCGCGAAUUCCGAGGGGGCAAUGGUCCGAUUCGUGAGCAGUUCUCGGCGUGGGGAUUGGAUCGCAGGGAUAAUCUGACGAUCGUGGUGGAUCGGGCGAAUUAUACACAGCAGGGGCUUUCGGCGACGUUGUACGCUGCGUAAGAUUCAGGUUCAUCAAACGAAGGAUUUUCCUAGGGGUGAGGUGAGUUUUGAUUUUUCGAGUAGACCGUGGCUUAGUCUGCUGUUGUGAUGUUGCCCGGUAGGAAUAUUAGCUAUGCAAAAGGUUCCCA